GUGGAGGAGGAAGGGGAGGAGGAGACACGGAGUCACUCUUGAGACUAAACCCGCUGAGCCGCGUUCCGCGUCGCGGAGAGAGCGAGCGAGGGAGCACGGCAGGGAGCGCGUGAGGUGGCCAUGGUCUCGUGGCUCCGGGGAGCCAGGCCGGGCUGCUGGCUCGCAGGGGAGGGUGGCGCGACUCGUGCGAGGAGCGACAGGAGGAGGAGGUAGCCGCCACUCGUACUGCUGCUGAGCGGCUCGCGGGGGACCAUGGGGACCAGCGGGAGCCAUGCGCGAGCUCCGAGCCCGGUGUCCAAGCGCAGCGGGACUCUCAACUCCAAGGAGUCGCUGUCGCCACCGCCGCCCCGGCCGGCCCGGUCCAAGGUCGACCGCCUGCGCCUGGGAAUCCUCAAGCGCCCGCCCCAGGGCGGCGGCGGCGGUGGCGGCGGAGGAAUCGCGGAGGGGAAGCACACCCGCGCGCGCUUUCACCGCCCGGCCGCGGGGACCGCCGCGGCGGUAGUCGCGAGGGGCGGCGGGACCGGCGGCGGCACCGGCACCGGCACCAGCGGCACCAGCGGCACCAGCGGCGGCAGCGGCAGCUUCCUGCGCGAGAACCGCUUGAGCAAGUCGCGCUCGGAGAGCCAGAUCGCCGAGUGGGCGGCGCUGGAGGAGAAGGUGAAGGAGCUGCUCGAGGUGUCCAACGCCAAGGACGACGAGAUCGAUAACUUGCGCUCGGCGCUCGAGGACGCGCGCGCCAAGCAGUUCCCCGUGGCCUUCGGGGGGAAGAUAGGGCGCGCCGGCAGCCGGAACGAGCCGGGGUCGUUGGCGGACCGAAUGGACGAAGAGGAGGAGGUAGAGGACGAGGAGGAGGAGGAAGAGGACAGCGAGAGGAGGAAUGGGGGGCGGCGGCGGCGGAGGAGGAGGACGCGGGGCAGCGACGGGUCGUGGAGUCGCGGCGAUGACGACGGGAGCGACGACGAAGACGGCGGCGACGAGAGGGUGGAGGCCCUGGAGGCCGCGUUCGCGCAGAAGGUGCGGGACAAGGAGGAGGCCUGCGCUCGGCUCGCCGAGCAGAAGCGGCAGCUGCAGCUGGAGCUGCGGCGCGUCGACGCGGAGAACCGGACGCUGCGGCGCCGCCUGCAGGAGACGGAGCCGGGCGGCGGAGCGCCGCACAGCACCGACAGCAGCUCCAUGGAGAGUCUGCGCAGCGUGAGCGUGGGCGACGUGAGGCCGUGCCGCAAGGCGCCCUCUUUCGCCGGCCCCGACCCGGCGGCCCCGGACGACUCGCUCUGGAGCGCCGUCGGGAGGUCCAUCGGCACGGCCGAGCGAGGGGGCGCGCCCGGCGGCGGCGCCGCGGCCGCCCUGGCGGCGCGGGCGGAGCGCGAGGAGGAGCUCCGGCAGCUGAGCCAGGAGAAGGAGCGCCUGUGCGUGGAGCGGGCGGCGCUGGUCAGCGCGCUGUGCCAGCAGGGAGAGCGCGUGGCGCGCCUGGCGCGGGAGAACGCGCGCCUGCGCCGCCUGCUGGACCGCGCCGGCGCGGCCGGCGGGCCCUGGCCGGGAGAGCACGGGGAGGAGGAGGACGAGGAGGAGGAGGAGCGGUCAGACGAGACCUGGGGGGGGUUCCCGGGGUCCCCCCACCCCGCCGAGAGCCUCGACUCGGUCAGCGCGAGGAGCAGCGCCAGCGACGUGACGCCCAGGAGAGGAGGGGGAGGGGCGGCGGUGCCGUGGGCCGGCUCGGCCCGGGAGCGACCCGGGGGACGACGUCGCGCCGACGCGAGGUCGCCGUUGGGGGGCCCCGGGGACGAUGCGGCCUCGCGGGGGGCGCGCACGGACAGCGGCAGCAGCGCGCUGCUGUGCCAGUCGCCCGGCUCGGGAGUGCUGGCGGGCGUGGAGCUGGAGCAGCUGCUGGAGAUCCAGACGCAGCUGAGCGAGUCGCUGCUGGCGGCGGAGCAGGAGUGCCGGGAGGCUCGCGCCACGGUGGCCGCGCUCUCCCGGCGCGAGCGCUCCGACCUCGCCGCCGCCCGGGGAAGCCGGACGCCGGGAGAAGGUCGCGGCGCGGGACGGGAGGGCCCCCUGCCCACGCCGGCGCCGAGGCAGCUGCUGAAGGGCGGCCGGCCGGGCCGGGAGAGGAGCGCCACCCCGGACGGGGCGCCGGCGCUCCGCAGCGCCCACACGCAGACGGAGGAGGCGCGGGAGGCGAGAGCGGUGCCGAGUGGCGCUAACGACGGCGACGAGGAGGACGGCGACGUGAAGAGAGGUCGCGCCGAGGUCGGCCGCCUGCGGGAGGCGAUGGCGCAGCUCCAAGCGCAACGGGAGACGCAGCAGCUGGAGAUGGAGCGGAGGGUGGAGGAGCUGAGCGACGCGCUACAGGAGCGCCAAAGCGAGGCCGCGCGGCUGCAGGAGGAGCUCGUCUCAACGCGGUCGCAGCUCCGCGGCGAGGACCAGCGGCGCGAGCAGCAGCUGCACCGGGAGAUUGAGAGGUUGGGACGGGAGAAGGAGGAGCUGCUGGAGAAGCAGCAGGCCUCGUCGAGGUCGCAGCUGCAGGCCGAGUCUCAGCAGCGCGAGCAGCAGCUGAGGCAGGAGGUGGAGAGGUUGGGACGGGAGAACGAGGAACUGCAGACGGAGCUGGGAGCGGCGAGGCAGCAGCUCCAGCAUCGCGAGGAGCGGCUGAGCCGGGAGAUUGAAAUGCUGAGGCUGGAGAAGGAGGGGCAGGAGAAAAUGUUGAGCUCAACAAAGUCACAGCUUGAGGGCACAGCUCAACUUCGUGAGGAGGAGCUGACGCGGGAGAUGGAGAAACUGAGGUCAGAGAAGCAAGAGCUGGAGAAAAAGUUGACCUCGUCGAAGUCCCAGCUGCAGGCGAAGUCUCAACAACGCGAGCAGCAGCUGAGGUUGGAGGUGGAGAGGUUGGGACGGGAGAAGGAGGAGCUGCAGAAGGAGCUCGAAGCGGCGAGGUCGCAGCUCCAGGUCAGGGUUCGGCACCUUGAGGAGGAGCUGAGACAGGAGGUGGAGAGGUUGGGACGGGAGAAGGAGGAGCUGGAGAAGCAGCUGGGCUCGUCGAGGUCGCAGCUGCAGGCCGAGGCUCAGCAGCGCGAGCAGCAGCUGAGGCAGGAGGUUGAGAAGUUGGGACGGGAGAGGGAGGAGCUGCAGGGAGAGCUGGAAGUGGCGAGGCAGCAGCUCCGCAGCGAGGCCGCGCGCCACGAGAGCCAACUCGGCCUCGCGGUGGACAAGCUGAGGAGCGAGAAGGAGGGCGCGGAGAGGGAGCUCGCCUCGAGCCGCUCGCAGCUCCACGGCCAGGCCCAGCUGCGCGAGGCCGAGCUGGCCCGAGAGGCAGGGGCCCUGCGCGAGGAGAAGGAGGCCCUGCGGGCCGAGCUGAGCGGCGCCCGCGCGCGGCUCGCCGAGGAGGCCGCGGACCACGCGGCCGAGCUGGCCCGAGCCGGUGCCGAGCUCCGGCAGGGGCGAGCGGAUCUGGAGCGGGGGCUCCGGGCCGCCGCCGAAGCCCGGGCCCGCCAGGCCGAGCUGAGCCGGGCCGUCGAGAGCCUGCGGCUCGACAAGGACGGCCUGGAGAAGGAGCUGAGCGCCGCCGGGACGCGUCUGCAGGGCGAGGCGGAGCGACGCGAGCAGGAGCUGAGCCGGGCGGCCGAGGCCCUGCGGCUGGACAAGGCCGCGCUGGAAGAGCGCGUGGCCGCGCUGCAGCAGCAGAGGCUCCGGCGCGACGAGGCGGCCGCCCGGACCGUCGAGGAGCUGCGACGGGAGAACGACGGCCUGCGCGGGGAGCUGAGCGCCGCCGCCGCCGCCGUGGCGCGCAGCCCGCCCCGCGAAGAGGAGCGGGGCCUCGGGCAGGAGAGGGACAAGCUGCGGGGAGAGCUGGGCGCCCUGCGCGGGGAGAAGGCCGGCCUGGAAGCGGAGCUGGCCCGCCUGUGGGAGGGCCUCGACGAGCUGGAGGACGAGGUGGAGCAGCACCGCGCGCUCAGGCGCCACGGGGACCACCGCCUCGCCGAGAUGCAGGGUGCGACGCAGAAGCUGGAGGACGAGAAGCUGAGUCUAGAGAAGCAGCUGAAGGUGCUGGAGAAGAAGAUGAAGGACGACGCGGAUGAGUGGCGCCAGUUCCAGGCCGAUCUGCAGGUCGCGGUGGUGAUCGCCAACGACAUCAAGGAGGAGGCGGAGGAGGAGGUGGCGUCGCUCAGACGCCGCCUGCAGGAGGCGACCUCCGCCGGCCCUCUGCACGACGGAGCCAGGCCGGAGGAGACGGCGAGCGGCGGGCACAACGGGACCGUCGGCGAUGGUGCCGCGACCCCGGCGCCGGCGACGCGAACCCGGCCGAAUCCCGGCACCGCCAAUCCUAAACCCGCGCUGAAGCCACGGGGGCCCCCAGGAAACCGCGAUGAGGUUGGCGGAGCGGCUAAAGGUGGGAGCCCCACCCCAGCCCUGCCCGGCGCCGUCAAGACCCCCCCAGCCGCCACCGUCGCCCCAACACAGCAGCGUCCCUCCCACAACGGCUCCGCCGCCCCGUCCUGGUCUGCGCUGCCUCUCAAGGAGAGAAAACCGAGCGUUUCCGACCGCGCGGCCCAGGGCGGGGAGCGGAGUGACGGUGCCCCCCUCUCCCCCGGCGUCUCCCCCCCUGCGUCGCAGUGCAGCUCCCCGACGGGCUCCACGCCGUACGGCACCCCCAGGGACGAGCACGGCGACCCGCUGGCCGAGCUGGCGCGACUCUACGGGGGCUCCAAGCGGAACGCUCUGCUCAAGUGGUGCCAGAAGAGGACUCAGAACUACUCGAACGUGGACAUCACGAACUUCAGCAGCAGCUGGUCGGACGGGCUGGCGCUGUGUGCGCUUGUGCACUCCUUCCUGCCGGCGCACAUCCCCUACGCGGAGCUGAGCAGCGCCAGCAAGAAGCGGAACUUCACGCUGGCAUUCGAGGCGGCCGAGAGCGUUGGCGUCCUGACCACCCUGGACGCUAAUAAUCUGGUGCACUCGGACCGGCCCGACUGGCAGAGCAUCAUGGGAUACGUGACAUCCAUCUACAAGAACUUUGAGACGUGAGGCAGCGGCGACCCCGUGGCCCGGAGCCGACCUGGACUCCUCAAAUCGGACGACCAAACCUACCCUCACUUUGGUGACCUGUUUUGUCCAGGUCUCGUGAAAUGUUGACGAACUGCAUGCUUCGUCACCUUGGUGACCACCCCCACCUCACCGUCGGUGGCCACCUUUACCUCUGCUCACUUCGUCACUCGGGCGGCUGGCGGUGGGGGGGGGGUACCGGCCAGUUGUGGACGCCGUGGGUCCCCCACUAGCACCCCCUCCGCCGACUCAUCCUCUUCUCCGGGAACCCUGACUACCCCUUGGCGUCCCCAACCUCGCGGAGGUCAAGAGGUCGCGCGGCAAGGGCUGGCGCAGCACGUCUCCGUACGAGAGGCCUCAAUCCGCUGGUGACCUCCCCCUGCCCCCCCUCCACCACGAUUGAGAGACGGGGUCGUUCGGGGUCGGCGCAGGUGUGACACGGCACACCUGGGGGGGGGGGGGGCGGUGGUGGGGGUGCUGCUGCUGCUGCAGCGUUGGGACGGGAGCGGAGGCUGUGCCCGCGCACGGCAGGAGUUGGGGUGGAGGUGCGUGAUUGGCCACGUGUGCAAUGCGGGACGGAGCGACGUGGAACCCCCCACCCCCCCCGGGGUGUUCGAACCGACGGAAUUUACAGCCUCCCUCGCGCGCUCCGCUCCACAGCGGCGAGAGCGCAAGUUUACUAAAUAUCUAUAUACACAUGGGUGUGUGUGUGUGGGAGAGAGGGGGGAGCGGGGAAUGGUGGCGCCGCGAUUACCGCACUGCGCCACGAAGCGCGGUGACCCCAGUUAAAAUCCUGACCCUGGCUCACGUAAGUGGUGGGUGAUAUUUAAAGCAGUUCUGGGCCAUCGCUAGGUCGACUCAGCCUUAAAUGUGUAUCUUGUGUGGUGUGUAAAUAUCAGUACUGGGGAGACAAAGGCGGGCGGGGCGUGGUACUGGUCGCACACCGUCUCCUCCUGUGCCACGCCAGCCUUAAUAGGAGCUCGCUAACAGCACUUUCGCCAACAGUCUGAACGGCUGCACGGGCGGUCUUAGAGAGAGAGAGAGGACGCUUAUACAUGCGGGCAGGGGGCGAUGUGGUGGUCGGACUUUGCCAAACAACACUGCCCAGCUCUUCUCUAGUAGCUACACACAACUACACACGGAUACACACAACUACACACGGAUACACACAACUACACACGGAUACACACAACUACACACGGAUACACACGGAUACACACUGAAACACACAAUUACACACGGAUACACACGGCUACACACGGAUACACACAACUACACACGGAUACACACGGCUACACACGGAUACACACGGCUACACACGGAUACACACAACUACACACGGAUACACACAACUACACACGGAUACACACGGCUACACACGGAUACACACAACUACACACGGAUACACACAACUACACACGGAUACACACGGCUACACACGGAUACACACAACUACACACGGAUACACACGGCUACACACGGAUACACACUGAAACACACAACUACACACGGAUACACACGGAUACACACGGCUACACACGGAUACACACAACUACACACGGAUACACACGGCUACACACGGAUACACACGGAUACACACAACUACACACGGAUACACACAACUACACACGGAUACACACGGCUACACACGGAUACACACAACUACACACGGAUACACACAACUACACACGGAUACACACAACUACACACGGAUACACACGGAUACACACAACUACACACGGAUACACACUACACACGGAUACACACAACUACACACGGAUACACACGGAUACACACAACUACACACGGCUACACACGGCUACACACUGAAACACACAACUACACAUGGCUAAACACAGCCACACACGGCUACACACAGCUAAACACGGCUACGCACGGAUACACACGACACACGGCCACCCACAACUACACACGACACACGGCCACCCACAACUACACACGGCAACACACGGAUACACACAACUACACACGGAUACACACGGAUACACACAACGACACACGGCCACCCACAACUACACACGGCAACACACGGAUACACACAGCUAAACACGGCUAAACACGGAUACACACGGAUACACACAACUACACAUGGAUAUACACGGUUUCACACGGAUACACACAACUACACACGGAUACACACAACUACACACGGAUACACACGGAUACACACAACUACACACAGCAACACACGGACACACACACACCUAAACACGGCUAAACACGGAUACACACAACUACACACGGCUACACACGGAUACACACGGCCACCCACAACUACACACGGCAGCACACGGAUACACACAACUACACACAGCAACACACGGACACACACACCUAAACACGGCUAAACACGGAUACACACGGAUACACACAACUACACACGGCUACACACGGAUACACACGGCCACCCACAACUACACACGGCAACACACGGAUACACACGGCCACCCACAACUACACACGGCUACACACGGAUACACACGGCCACCCACAACUACACACGGCAACACACGGAUACACACGGCCACCCACAACUACACACGGCAACACACGGAUACACACGGCCACCCACAACUACACACGGCAACACACGGAUACACACGGCCACCCACAACUACACACGGCAACACACGGAUACACACGGCCACCCACAACUACACACGGCAACACACGGAUACACACAACUACACACAGCAACACACGGACACACACACCUAAACACGGCUAAACACGGAUACACACGGAUACACACAACUACACACGGCAACACACGGAUACACACGGCCACCCACAACUACACACGGCAACACACGGCCACCCACAACUACACACGGCAACACACGGAUACACACGGCCACCCACAACUACACACGGCAACACACGGAUACACACAACUACACACGGCAACACACGGCAACACACGGAUACACACGGCCACCCACAACUACACACGGCAACACACGGAUACACACAACUACACACGGCAACACACGGAUACACACGGCCACCCACAACUACACACGGCAACACACGGAUACACACAGCAGCCGGUGGACCCCAGCUGUGCCCCGUGCUGUGAGGCACGAGCUGAGUCAGGAGAGCCUCGUAGAGAGCCUCGUAGAGAUCCUCGUAGAGAGCCUCGUAGAGAUCCUCGUAGAGAGCCUCGUAGAGAUCCUCGUAGAGAGCCUCGUAGAGAUCCUCGUAGAGAGCCUCGUAGAGAGCCUCGGGAGGGAGGAGAGGGGGGGUCCUACCCCCUCGCGGGAGCAAGCUGCAGAAUCUGGGAGCUGAUAGACCCCCCAGCAGCACGCUCUUAGAGGGGGUGCACCAGUCAAAGCGCCGCACAGAUGUAUUCAGGAAUCACACACCGCACAGAUGUAUUCAGGAAUCUCACGCCGCACAGAUGUAUUCAAGGAUGCUCGAGUGACAUUCCAACGUGUGUUACUCCAUUGACGUCACCGGCGGAGGUCCCGUGACCGCAGGGCGAGUGUGACUGCUGCGUGGUUCAGGAAACUCGGAGACUGGGACUCGCCGUCAGGAAGCGCAUCCUGGGUGUGUGGGUAGUAGACACGCAGCAAAACACGAGCACCGUCGCACACCUCUCCUGCCUUUCGCAUCCCUCCAAUUCGAGGACACAGGUGGUGUGACCAUUAUCAGCCGCAUCAGAAACGACACCAGGCCGACACGGGCUGCAUCUCCUUCGCGAGUUGGGAAUUAUUGACACGAGCCGCGCAGGAGUGAGACUGUGGCCGUGCAACCCACACUGCGGACCGGAUAGUAAACUCGUACAGACUCGCAGAGGCGCAUAGCGAUGCAUCGAGACACAGAGAUUUAGUCGCGUUAAUGGCAAGCGACAGGAGUGCGAUCGUGGCCACAUUCUGGACCAGAUAAUAGCUGCACUGUGGUCUGCGCUCCUUCAACGGAGGAGGAGGAGAAAUAUCGAAACGCUCUCCUGAAGCCCUCUGCUCGUAGCGAGCCGACCUCGACGUUGGGUAUUUAGUUCCUGGACAAAUUGCUGCUGCUGCCAUCUCGGCCAGAACAGAUGGGGGGGGGGGGGUAGCUGCGAGAGAAGAGCCGCGCGUGUCUUGGGGUCGCGUCUCUCUUGGGUCGCGUCUCUCUUGGGUCGGGACCCUGCAAUGAUGCCACUGCUAACGCCACGCGUGUUCAUUAAACAUGAUUUCUUUA